UACAGCCGCCGCCGCCGACCGCUCAUUUGCCGAACACUCCGCGCGGCGUCAGUCCGGCCGCGAUGCUGCUGGACGCGGGCCACCAGUUCCCCGGCCUGGGCUCGUUCGGCCGCCACCACCCGGCGGCCGGCGACGUCCAGGAGCGAGACCUGAGCCUGGCCCAGAACUCCUUCGCGGACCCGACGGCCCACAUGGGCGCCUUCAAGCUCAACCACGAGCUGUCCCCGCCGGGCCAGAGUUCCGCCUUCAGCAGCCAGGCGCCCGGCGGCUACCCGCCGGCGGCCCUGGGCGCGCACGUCUCGCCGUACGCGGGCUCCCCGUUCAACUCGACGCGGGACUUCCUGUUUCGCGGCCGCGGAGGCUUCGGCGAGGGCUCGGCGGCGGCGGCGGCGGGGGGCCAGCACGCGCUCUUCGGCCCCGCGGGGGGCGCCCUGCACCCCGCGCACCACCACGCCGACGGGCCGCAGGGCCACAUCUUGUUCCCGGGCAUCCACGAGCAGCACGGCUCCCACGCGGCGGCCGGCAACGUGCUCAACGGGCAGAUGCGGCUGGGCUUGGCGGGGGAGGUGUUCGGCCGCUCCGAGCAGUACCACCAUCACCACCACCAUCACCACCAGGUGUCCAGUCCCCGGGCCGACGCCUACAACCAGUACGGCUCCGUCAACGUCAACGUGCACGCGGCGGCGGCGGCGGCAGCGGCGGCGGCGGCGCACCACCACCACCACCACCACCACCCGGGCGCCUUCUUUCGCUACAUGCGCCAGCAGUGCAUCAAGCAGGAGCUCAUCUGCAAGUGGAUCGAACCCGAGCAGCUGAGCGAGCCCAAGAAGUGCUGCAACAAGACCUUCAGCACCAUGCACGAGCUGGUCACGCACGUGUCCGUGGAGCACGUCGGCGGGCCCGAGCAGACCAACCACGUCUGCUUCUGGGAGGAGUGCCCCCGCGACAGCAAGCCCUUCAAGGCCAAGUACAAGCUGGUCAACCACAUCCGCGUGCACACGGGCGAGAAGCCCUUCCCGUGCCCCUUCCCCGGCUGCGGGAAGGUCUUCGCCCGCUCCGAGAACCUCAAGAUCCACAAGCGCACGCACACAGGAGAGAAACCCUUCCAGUGCGAGUUCGAAGGCUGCGACAGGAGAUUCGCCAACAGCAGCGACCGAAAGAAGCACAUGCACGUCCACACCUCGGACAAGCCCUACCUGUGCAAGAUGUGCGACAAGUCCUACACGCACCCCAGCUCCCUACGAAAACACAUGAAGGUGCACGAGUCGUCCCCGUCCACGUCCGACUCGUCGCCGGCGGCCAGCUCUGGCUACGAGUCGUCCACCCCCCCGGGCCUGGUGUCGCCCGCCACCGAGAGCCAAAGCAACACCACGCUGUCGCCCGCCUCGGCCGUGCACGGCGGCGCCGGCCACGGCGGCCUCUCGUCCAAUUUCAGUGAAUGGUACGUGUAGGAAACCCAACCCC